UCUAAACCUGCCUCUGCCGGUGGAAAGCCAUUCCCCCGGCUGGAAUCCCAGCUCCCCGGGUCGGGAGGGGCCAGAUUCCCCCCUGCAGCUGAGCUGGGGAGCUGAGGGGAGGCCGGGACAAAGCCAGGUGUGUGUCCUGGUGCCAAGGUGGCCUGUGCUGCCCCCAGACCGUGCCCGGGACACGCUGACCGACGAGACGGUGGCGCUGAAGAAGGUGCGGAUGGACAACGAGAAAGAUGGAAUGCCCAUCAGCAGCCUGCGGGAGAUCACCCUGCUCCUGCAGCUCCAGCACCCCAACAUUGUGGAACUGAAGGAGGUGGUUGUGGGAAACCACCUGGAGAGCAUUUUCCUGGUGAUGGGAUACUGCGAGCAGGACCUGGCCAGUCUCUUGGAGAACAUGCAAACACCCUUCUCAGAAGCUCAGGUGAAGUGCAUCAUCCUGCAGGUGCUCAAAGGCCUUCAGUACCUCCAUGAGAACUACAUCAUCCACAGGGACCUGAAGGUCUCCAACCUGCUGAUGACGGACAAAGGCUGUGUGAAGAUAGCUGAUUUCGGCCUGGCACGCACCUAUGGGAUGCCCCCUAAGCCCAUGACCCCCAAAGUGGUGACUCUGUGGUACCGCGCACCAGAGCUGCUGCUGGGGAUGACAACCCAGACCACCAGCAUCGACAUGUGGGCUGCUGGCUGCAUCCUGGCCGAGCUGCUGGCACACAAACCGCUGCUGCCAGGCACCUCUGAGAUCCACCAGAUCGACCUCAUCGUGCAGCUCUUGGGAACACCCAACGAGAACAUCUGGCCAGGGUUCUCCAAACUGCCGCUGGCCACCCAGUACACCCUGCGCAAACAGCCCUACAACAACCUGAAACACAGGUUUCCCUGGCUCUCGGAGGCUGGGCUGCGACUGCUCAACUUCCUCUUCAUGUACGACCCCAAGAAAAGGGCCACAGCCAAGGACUGCCUGGAGAGUUCCUACUUCAAGGAGAAGCCUUUGCCCUGUGAGCCAGAGCUGAUGCCCACCUUCCCACACCACCGGAACAAGCGGGCGGCCGGCACGGCAGUGGAGAGCCAGGCCAAGCGCAGCAAGCCCUGAGCUGUCCCAUGGGAACAGGCGUGAUGUGUCCUGGCUGAGGAGGAUUCCCUCAGCCCAACAGUCCCAGUGCCCCACGGGGCUCCAUCCGUUUCCAGGACGGCUCCCAGCUCCAUCUCCACGUGAAGGAUGGGGCAGGCUCUAGUCUGGGGCUGGAUGAGCGUGGCCCUGGGCCCCAGAGAGAAGAGAGAUUGGGGCCUGGGGAUGCCCAGGCCUGGCAGGAUCAGUCCUAUCCCAUGGGGUCCUGGCUUGUGCUGUCUGUGGGGGGAACCCCAACUCUGCCAUCAAUAAAAACACCUGGCAGUGGCAA